UCCUCCCCUAUAAAUAUAUACACGCGCAUACGCAUACAAGUAAUUCAACAUCACAAAUUGCACCGCCGCGAUGUCGCCGGAGAAGAACAGUUUCUUCUCCUCUUCCUCCUCCUCGGAGACCGCCGCCGUCGCAAAAUCAAAUCCGACGGUACCGGAGCUUCCUCCGCCAAAAAAACCGAAGCGCAACAUGUACGCCCUCGCCUGUUCCUUCCUUGCUUCCAUGACCUCGAUCUUACUCGGCUACGAUAUCGGAGUUAUGAGCGGAGCUAUAAUUUAUAUCGUGAAAGAUAUUCAUAUGAACCACGUCCAGAAGGAGGUUAUAAUGGGGAUACUGAAUCUAUACUCGCUUAUCGGCUCCGCCGCCGCCGGUAGGACCUCCGAUUGGAUCGGCCGGCGGUACACGAUAGUGUUGGCCGGAGCUAUUUUCUUCCUCGGGGCGCUGCUUAUGGGAUUCGCUACGAACUACGCGUUCCUCAUGAUCGGGAGAUUCGUCGCCGGAAUUGGCGUCGGAUACGCUUUGAUGAUCGCGCCGGUGUACACGGCGGAGGUGGCGCCGGCGGCGUCGCGCGGCUUCCUCAGCUCUUUUCCGGAGGUUUUCAUCAAUUUCGGUAUAUUGCUCGGCUACGUGUCAAACUACGGCUUCUCGAAGCUUCCACAGAAUCUCGGCUGGCGAUUUAUGCUCGGCGUCGGAGCUAUUCCGUCGAUCGCCAUCGCCAUCGGCGUCCUGGCCAUGCCGGAGUCUCCACGGUGGCUGGUCAUGCAAGGUCGCCUUGGCGAAGCCAAAAGAGUCCUCCAGAGAACCUCCGAUUCGCCGGAGGAAGCCAAGGUCCGCCUCGCCGACAUCAAGGAAGCCGCCGGCAUACCGGCGGACUGCGACGACGACGUAGUCGCCGUCACCAAGCAGCACCACGGCGAAGGCGUCUGGCGCGAGCUCCUCCUCCGCCCAACGCUUUCGGUGCGCCACAUUCUAAUGUGCGCCGUCGGAAUCCAUUUCUUCCAGCAGGCCAGCGGCAUCGAUUCCGUCGUCCUCUACAGUCCGACGAUCUUCGAGAAAGCCGGCGUGAAGAAGGACAACGACAAGCUCCUCGCCACCGUCGCCGUCGGAUUCGUCAAGACGACCUUCAUCCUCGUCGCGACCUUCUUCCUCGACAAGGUCGGCCGCCGGCCGCUGCUCCUGUCCAGCGUCGCCGGAAUGAUCGUGUCGCUCACGGCGCUAGGGUUCGCGCUAACAGCCGUCGACCGCUCCGGCGACGAGAAAUUGGUUUGGGCGGUUGCGCUGUGCAUAACCGCCGUACUUGCCUACGUGGCACUAUUCUCCAUAGGGAUGGGGCCGAUCACGUGGGUGUAUAGCUCGGAGAUAUUUCCGCUCAGGCUGAGGGCGCAGGGUUGCAGCAUGGGGGUGGCGGUGAACCGCGUGACUAGCGGCGUGGUGUCGAUGACGUUUCUGUCGCUGACGAACGGAAUUACCACCGGCGGCGCGUUCUUCCUAUACGCGUCGGUGGCGGUAGUGGCGUGGGUGUUCUUCUUUGCUUUGCUGCCGGAGACGCAAGGGAAGACGCUGGAGGAAAUGGAGGCACUGUUUGGGACAUUUUUCCGGUGGCGGAGCUCUCUGGCGGCAUUGGAUGAGAAGAAGAAGCGUGACGUGGAGAUGAUCUGAAAAGCCUGACGGUAAAGGGUUAAGAAAGUUAAGUUAUGUAUAUGGUAAGGACUUUUAUGUUAUUUCCGAUAUGCUAAGCUUAUUACUCUUUAUGUCAUCUACCAAUAUACUCCUAUGUUACAGUUA